AUGGCGAAAGAGGAAGAUGAGGAGAAGAAAGCUAAGAAAGGAAAGAAGGGCAAGAAGGCCCCGGAGCCGGAGAAACCCAAAAGGAGUCUGAAGGGUACAUCUCGGCUGUUCAUGGGCUUCCGAGACCGCACGCCCAAGAUCUCCAAGAAGGGUCAGUUCCGGAGUGCAUCGGCCUUCUUCUGGGGCCUCCACACUGGUCCGCAGAAGACCAAACGCAAGAAGAAGGCCCGUACUGUACUCAAGUCCACAUCCAAGCUCAUGACACAGAUGCGUGUGGGCAAAAAGAAGCGGGCAAUGAAGGGAAAGAAGCCCUCGUUCAUGGUGAUCCGCUUCCCGGGACGGCGCGGCUAUGGCCGCCUGAAGCCUCGUGCCCAGUCACUUAGCAAGGCGUCCACAGCUAUUAACUGGCUGACCAAGAAAUUCCUCCUCAAGAAGGCCGAGGAGUCAGGCAGUGAGCAGGCCACACUGGACGCCUGGCUCCAGCGCUCAAGCUCCCGCGUGGGCUCGCGUAAGCUGCCCUUCCCUUGGUAUUCAUCUCCUUACAGCUACCGUGACAGCUUUGAGGAUGAGGCCUACCCAUACAGCUACUACCUGGAUCCCUAUGCACCUCACCACAUGCCAUAUCCACCCUAUGACUUCCCGUAUGACACUCCUUAUGACAUACCCUACUUUGAUCCCUAUGGGGUUCCCUAUGCUGAAGGCAUCUAUGGUGGUGGGCCUGAGGCCAUCUACCCCCCUGGGGUGCCCUAUGUAUAUCCGGAAGAGCCAGCUUUUAUGUACCCCUGGGUGCCACCACCCAUAUUGUCGCCCCACAACCCAUAUGCCCACCCUAUGGAUGACAUUGCAGAACUGGAGGAGCCGGAAGAAGUGGGUGGGGAACGGCAGAGCACCUCCUUCCGCCUUCCCAGUGCGGCCUUCUUUGAGCAGCAAGGCAUGGACAAGCCAGCCAGAUCCAAGCUGUCCCUCAUCCGAAAGUUCCGCCUUUUCCCACGGCCUCAGGUGAAGCUGUUUGGGAAGGAGAAGCUAGAGGUGCCCCUGCCGCCCUCUCUAGACAUCCCUUUGCCUUUAGGGGACGCAGAGGAGGAGGAAGAAGAGGAGGAGAUGCCUCCAGUGCCCACGAUGCCCUACACCCACCCUUACUGGGGCUUCCUCACACCACCCUUCUCUCCAGCCCUUUCCAGGCCUCCAAGGCUAGCUUCCCCCUACAGCUCACCCUAUGGCUCCCUCCGCCCCCGCCCACCUCCCUGGGCUGCCCCAGCUCAUGUGCCCUUUACACCCCAGGCAAAAUGGUGGGGCUUUGCUGAGCCCCCUCCUCUUAGCCCAGAGGUUGCUCCUGACCUUCUGGCCUUUCCUGUGCCCCGGCCAUCUUUCCGAGCAUCCCGCAGUCGCAGUCGAGGGGCAGGUUUUGGCUUCCCCAGGUCUUCCCUGAUAGGCUCGAGGAGAAGGCCCAAUCUGCCCUCACCCCAGCCCUCUCUGAGGAGCCUGCCAGGCCAGGGCUACGGCUCACCUUUAGGGCCCUUGUCUCCUCAGUUAUCCCUCCGAAGGGGUCCCUUCCAGCCACCCUUCCCACCCCCUCCACGAAGGCCUCAGUCACUUCGGGAGACCUUCUCCAUGCAUCGAGCCUCUGGGCGCCUACGCCCACCCUGCUCACCAGUGCUAGGUUCUCCGCGACCACCCUCACCACCACCACUCCUGAACCAUGGCCCCCGGCACCGGUCCCUCAACCUGCCCUCACGCCUUCCACGGACCUGGCGGCGACUCAGCGAGCCACCUACCCGAGCUGUGAAGCCAUGGAUACAUAGGCCCUACCGCCCACCACCCAGUGCUGGGCCCUGGGCUACAGGGUCUUUGGAGCACCAAGAGAAUCAGCGUGAACCAGAGGACUCAGAGACGCCCUGGACAGUGCCCCCGUUGGCCCCCAGCUGGGAUGUGGACAUACCUUCUACACAGCGCCCUCCUUCUCCAUGGCCAGAAGGAGUAAGAAGCCUUAGAGGCUUCUCCAGGAUCUCUCCUGUGCCUGAAGACCCCUUGCAUGAACACAUGAGUCCUGCACAUGAGAAUCAAGCCUCCAAUUUAACUGGUAUCUUCCUGGGUCAACACCAUGACCCAGGACCUGGGCAACUCACCGAGUCAGCCAGUCCAAGCUUGGAGAAUCCUGAAAAAGCAGUCACCUCAGAGGACUCUCAGCCACCAGCUGAGCCUGAGACCCUGAACCCAACACUUCCCAACAAAAAUCUUAGCUUGGAGAGGAAGGAUUUACAACUCAUCUCCUCACAUCCACUGGUCACACAUAAGCAGGCAAGGGCUACAUGGCCACUAUGGCGACGCUGGAAGACAUUGUCCAGAACCUCAGCUCCCUUGGGCCCCACCAGAGCCCCAGUGUUCUUGCUCAAGGCAGGUGAGAAGCCCCAGGCUGAGCCUGGGCGGUUCGCGGCGGUCAUGCCUCAAGUGCGAGGGGUGAGUUCCUUCCAGCAAAAAAGGCCUGCUCCUCUGCAGCAUCCAGAGCAUCCAGACCAAGAUCCAGAGAAUAUCCCACCCAAAGCCAAUAGUCUACGCUGGUCCCGCCUCUGGCCACCAACAGAUGCUCACUCUCCCUGGCCACGUAUACGAACCCACUCCUCUCAAUCCCACCUCCUGGGCCAUAGAGGUGACUGCCUGUCCCACAGGGGCCCCUGGAAAAAGACUGGCUCCCAAACAUGGAAGAGCGAGAUGCACUCCAUACGCAACCUGCCGUCUGUGCGGUCCCGUGAGCAGCACAGGGAAGAUGGUGUGGAGGACAUGACACAACUGGAAGACCUCCAAGAGACUACUGUGCUAUCCAACCUAAAGACCAGAUUUGAACGAAACCUCAUCUAUACCUAUAUCGGCAGCAUUCUGGUGUCGGUGAACCCAUACCAAAUGUUUUCAAUCUACGGGCCAGAGCAGGUGCAACAGUACAGCGGGCGUGCCCUAGGAGAGAAUCCCCCGCACCUCUUUGCAAUUGCUAAUCUCGCCCUCGCCAAAAUGCUUGAUGCCAAACAAAACCAGUGUGUCAUCAUCAGUGGGGAGAGUGGUUCUGGAAAGACUGAGGCCACGAAGCUGAUUCUGCGCUGCCUGGCUGCUAUGAACCAGAGACGGGACGUCAUGCAGCAGAUAAAGAUCCUGGAGGCAACACCUCUCCUGGAGGCCUUUGGUAAUGCCAAAACCGUCAGGAAUGACAACUCUAGCCGAUUUGGGAAGUUUGUGGAAAUCUUUCUAGAAGGGGGUGUGAUCUCUGGUGCCAUAACCUCUCAGUACCUGCUGGAGAAGUCAAGGAUCGUGUUCCAGGCCAAAAACGAGAGAAAUUAUCAUAUUUUCUAUGAGCUGCUGGCCGGCCUCCCAGCCCAACUGCGACAGGCCUUCAGCUUGCAGGAGGCUGAGACCUACUACUACCUGAACCAGGGUGGGAACUGCGAGAUUGCUGGUAAGAGUGAUGCAGAUGAUUUCCGCCGCCUGCUGGCUGCUAUGGAGGUGCUCGGCUUUACCAGUGAGGACCAGGACAGUAUCUUCCGCAUCCUGGCCUCCAUCUUACACCUGGGCAAUGUCUAUUUUGAGAAGCAUGAGACUGAUGCCCAGGAGGUGGCCUCUGUGGUAAGCGCCCGGGAAAUCCAGGCUGUGGCAGAACUGCUUCAGGUCUCCCCUGAGGGCCUGCAGAAGGCCAUCACCUUCAAAGUGACUGAGACAAUUCGAGAGAAGAUCUUCACUCCCCUAACUGUAGAGAGUGCCGUAGAUGCCAGGGAUGCCAUCGCCAAGGUCUUGUAUGCACUGCUGUUUGGCUGGCUCAUCACCAGGGUCAACGCUCUAGUGUCUCCAAAGCAUGAUACAUUGUCCAUCGCCAUCCUGGACAUCUAUGGCUUUGAGGACCUGAGCUUCAACAGCUUUGAACAACUAUGCAUCAACUAUGCCAACGAGAACCUUCAGUACCUGUUCAACAAGAUUGUCUUCCAGGAGGAACAGGAAGAGUACAUUCGAGAGCAGAUGGACUGGCGAGAGAUCGCCUUUGCUGACAACCAGCCCUGCAUCAACCUCAUCUCCCUCAAGCCCUACGGCAUCCUGCGUAUCCUGGAUGACCAGUGCUGCUUUCCACAGGCCACAGACCACACAUUCCUGCAGAAGUGCCACUACCACCAUGGCGCCAACCCACUCUACUCUAAGCCCAAGAUGCCACUGCCAGAGUUUACCAUCAAGCACUAUGCAGGCAAGGUCACCUAUCAGGUGCACAAGUUCCUUGACAAAAACCAUGACCAAGUGCGCCAGGAUGUGCUGGAUUUGUUUGUGCGCAGCCGAACGAGGGUGGUGGCACACCUCUUCUCCAGCUAUGCUGCACAGACUGCCCCUCCACGCCUGGGCAAGAGCAGCUCCAUUACACGACUCUACAAGGCUCACACUGUGGCAGCCAAGUUCCAGCAGUCACUCCUGGAUCUGGUGGAAAAAAUGGAGAGGUGCAACCCCUUGUUCGUGCGUUGCCUGAAACCCAACCAUAAGAAGGAACCUGGUCUCUUUGAGCCAGAUGUGAUGAUGGCACAGUUACGCUAUUCAGGGGUUCUGGAGACUGUGCGGAUCCGCAAGGAAGGCUUUCCAGUGCGACUACCCUUCCAGGUGUUUAUCGACAGGUACCGCUGCCUGGUGGCCCUCAAGCUCAAUGUGCCAGCGGAUGGGGACAUGUGCGUGUCGCUGCUGAGCCGGCUAUGCACAGUCACUUCAGACAUGUACCGUGUUGGGGUUAGCAAGCUCUUCCUCAAGGAGCACCUGCACCAGCUGCUGGAGAGUAUGAGGGAGCGAGUCCAGAACCGAGCUGCCCUCACUCUGCAGCGCUACCUGCGAGGCUUCUUCAUCCAGCGGCACUUUCGUUCCCUGAGGCGGAAGAUCAUCCUAUUGCAGAGCAGGGCCCGUGGCUUCCUGGCCAGACAACGCUACCAGCAGAUGAGGCAGAGUCUGGUGAAGUUCCGCUCCCUGGUGCAUACCUAUGUGAAACGGCGCCGAUACCUCAAGGAACUCAGCAAGCGUGAAGUGGUGCCAGUGACACACCUGGAGGUGCCAGCUGAGGUGGCUGGGCUCCUACAAGCAGCAGCAGGCCUCAAGCUGUCCAAUAUGCCCCAAGUAGCCAUCGUCCGGACUCCUAGGCUCCAGGCUGAGCCCUGUGCCACACUUCCCCUUGACAUCAACAACUACCCCAUGGCCAAGUUUGUCCGAUGCCACUUCAAGGAACCCUCCUUUGGGAUGCUGACAGUGCCCUUGAAGAUGCCUCUCACACGACUACCUGUGGAGCACCAUUCGGAAGCCAUAAGUGUCUUUAAGCUAAUCCUGCGUUUCAUGGGAGACCCCCACCUGCAUGGCAUCCAGGAAAUGAUCUUGGGGAACUACAUUGUGCACCAGGGGUUGGUGGAACCAGAUCUGAGGGAUGAGAUCCUAACCCAGCUGGCCAACCAGGUGUGGCGCAAUCACAAUGCCUACAAUGCCAAGCGUGGCUGGUUGCUGCUAGCUGCCUGCCUAAGUGGCUUCGCACCUUCCUCACACCUUGACAAGUUCCUCCUCAAGUUUGUGUCCGAUUAUGGGCAGAAUGGCUUCCAGGCUGUGUGCCAGCAUCGCCUCCUGCAGGCUAUGGGCUCAGGGGCUGCCCGCACCUUCCCCCCCACACAGCUCGAGUGGAUUGCCAUUCAGGAGAAGGCCAGUAUGGCUCUAGAUGUGAGCUGCUUCAAUGGUGACCAGUUCUCCUGUCCGGUGCAUGCCUGGAGUACGGGGGAAGCGGUUGCUGGAGACAUUCUAAAGCACAGGGGGCUGGCUGAUGGUUGGAGGGGCUGGACAGUGGCCAUGAAGAGCGGAGUCCAGUGGGCAGAGCUGGCUGGACAUGAUUAUGUGCUGGAUCUGGUGUCAGACCUGGAACUGCUCCGGGACUUUCCUCGACAGAAAUCCUACUUCAUUGUGGGUGCAGAAGGGCCUUUGACUGGCAGAGGAGAUGCCAGAGGGGUGUUUGGGAACUGCUGGGAUUGGGAGGAGGACACACCCACAAGGCCCCAGCCCCAGGACCACAUGCCCAAAAUGCCUGACUUUGAUGGGUACUGCAGCCACAAUGAGGACAGUACAAAUGGGGAAACUGAGGCCCAGAGAUGGACAGCAACUCGCCAAGCUGUGGACAGCACUGGAGAGCCCACUGUGCCCCCCAGGGAGCUGGAUGGCUACUUGGACAGCCUCUUCGACCCUGUGCUGGCCUGUGGGGAUGCGGAUCUGGAGAAGCCGACAGCCAUCGCCUACCGCAUGAAAGGUGGGGGCCAGCCAGGUGGAAGUGGCAGCAGUGCUUCUGAAGAUACCCCCCGGAGACCACCAGACCCCAAGGUCAAGCCCAUUCCAGGCCUGGAUGCCUCCACACUGGCUCUGCAGCAAGCCUUCAUCCACAGGCAGGCUGUGACACUGGCCCGGGAGAUGACCCUACAGGCUUUGGCACUCCAGCAGCAGCCCAUAAGUGCAACCUCAAGAUCCCAGCUCCCAGAGAGACCACUAGGUCCAGAGGCAUGGAAGAAGAUUGUAGGCACUGGCCCUCCAGCCAAGCCAGUGCUCGUGCGUCCCACUCCACAGUUGUUGGCUCCAGGCUCUGUGGCAAAGGCCCCGAAGAUCCCUAGCAAGCCCGUGGCUGCCCCCAUCCUAGCUCAGGAUUGGACUGCUCCAGAAUCCAUUUCAGCCUCCCCAGAGCUGGUUCGGUAUUCCACACUCAACUCCGAGCACUUCCCACAACCCACACAGCAGAUCAGAAGCAUCAUCAAGCAGUGCAAACAGCCGCCCUGGGUAGGGCGCCCUGAGGCCCGAAGGCCCUCCCUGGUCCUGAUGUGUCCCAAGAAGCCCCCCUUAUAUGCUCUGCCCCUGCUCUACACAGUGCAGCCUUCAAGGUCACUGGAGCCUCCAGAGGAUCCUGUGCAGACACAGCUUCACCGCCUAGUCAACCCCAACUUCUAUGGCUACCAGGACGCCCCCUGGCGGAUCUUCCUGCGCAAAGAGGUAUUUUAUCCUAAGGACAGCUACAGUCACCCCGUACAGCUGGACCUCCUGUUCCGGCAGAUCCUACAUGACACAUUCUCUGAGGCCUGCCUACGCAUAUCUGAGGAUGAGCGGCUACAGAUGAAGGCCCUGUUUGCCCAGAACCAGCUGGACACACAGCGACCUCUGGUAACAGAAAGUGUGAAACGGGCUGCGAUCAGCAUGGCCCGAGACAGCUGGGAGGUCUACUUUUCCCGCCUCUUCCCAGCGAUGGGUAGUGUGGGCACUGGCGUGCAGAUCCUAGCUGUAUCCCACACGGGCAUCAAACUCCUGAGGAUGGUCAAAGGCAGCAGAGAGGCCAGCAGACAGCUUCGGGUCCUCUGUGCAUACAGCUUUGCAGACAUCCUGUUUGUAACCAUGCCAUCACAGAACAUGCUGGAGUUCAAUCUGACCAAUGAGAAGAUCAUCCUCUUCUCAGCCCGGGCUCGUCAGGUCAAGACCCUAGUAGACAACUUCAUUCUGGAGCUGAAGAAGGAUUCUGACUAGCUGGUGACACUGAGGAACUUCCUGUCUGAAGACCCGGAGCUGCUAUCCUUCCACAAGGGUGACAUCAUCCACCUGCAGGGCCUGGAACCACCUAGAGUGGGCUACAGCGCUGGUUGUGUGGUCCGCAAGAAGUUAGUGUACCUGGAAGAGCUGCGGCGGAGAGGACCUGACUUUGGUGACGGGACAAUGCCAGUCAACAGGUCUUCAACCCAACCUUUGCUUGCACAUAUGGCUGAGGGUCCUCCAGUCAGGGCGCGUUCCGCUGAUAGCGGAGAGGACGCCGUGGCGCUCCCACGGAGCACGAUGCUCUUCCGAGACCCUCGGAGGCGUUCCCGGGAUGGCCUCAAGCUGAAGUCUAAGGAGGACCAGGAGUCCAGAACCCUGGAGGACAUGCUUUGCUUCACUAAGGCCCCGAUCCAGGAAUCCCUCAUUGAACUCAGUGACAGCAAUCUCAACAAGAUAGCAGUUGACAUGUUCCUAGCUGUGAUGAGGUUCAUGGGAGAUGCCCCACUAAAGGGCCAGAAUGAACUGGAUGUACUCUGCACGCUCCUGAAGUUCUGUGGGGAUCAUGAGGUCAUUCGAGACGAAUGCUACUGCCAGAUUGUGAAGCAGAUCACAGACAACACCAGCUCCAAGCAGGACAGCUGUCAGCGAGGCUGGAGGCUGCUGUACAUCGUGGCUGCCUACUACAGCUGCUCUGAGGUCUUCUAUCCAUACCUCAUUUGCUUCCUCCAACAUGUGAGCUGGACCCCAGGACUGCCCUUCCAAGGGAUUGCCAAAGCCUGUGAACAGAACCUACAGAAGACCUUGCGUUUUGGGGGCCGUCUGGAGUUCCCCAGUAAUAUGGAGCUUCGAGCUAUGUUGGCAGGCCGAAGUUCCAAGAGACAGCUCUUUCUUCUUCCAGGAGGCCUUGAACGCCAUCUGAAAAUCAAAACAUGCACUGUGGCCCUGGAUGUGAUAGAGGGGCUCUGCAACGAGAUGGCCCUGACACGUCCUGAAGCCUUUGAUGAAUAUGUCAUUUUUGUUGUCACCAGCCGAGGCCAGCAUGUAUGUCCACUGAGCUGCCGGGCCUACAUUCUGGAUGUGGCCUCAGAAAUGGAGCAGGUGGAAGGUGGCUACACACUCUGGUUCCGGCGGGUGCUUUGGGAUCAGCCACUAAAGUUUGAGAAUGAACUGUAUGUGACUAUGCACUAUAACCAGGUUCUGCCUGAUUACCUGAAGGGCCUCUUCAGCAGCGUGCCAGCCAGCCAGCCCAGUGAGCAACAACUGCAGCAGGUGGCCAAGCUGGCCUCCCUGCAGCACCGUGCCAAGGACCACUUCUACCUGCCCAGUGUGUGUGAAGUCCAGGAGUACAUCCCAGCCCAGCUCUACCACACCACAGCCAGUGACACCUGGCUCAACCUGGUUAGCCAGCACCGGCAGCAGACUCAGGCACUCAGCCCCCACCCUGCCCGUGCUCAGUUCCUGGGCCUCCUCAGUGCCUUUCCCUUGUUUGGCUCCUCCUUCUUCUUCAUCCAGAGCUGCAGCAACAUCACUGUACCAGCCCCCUGUAUCCUGGCCGUCAACCAUAAUGGCCUCAACUUCCUCAGCACCAAGACCCAUGAGCUAAUUGUGAAGAUUCCCCUGAAGGAGAUCCAGUCCACAUGGACUCAGCAGCCCACGGCCAAUUCCAGCUAUCCUUAUGUGGAGAUCUCCCUGGGGGAUGUGGCAGCCCAGCGUACCAUGCAGCUCCAGUUGGAGCAGGGUUUGGAGCUGUGUCGUGUCGUGGCUGUGCAUGUGGAGACCAUGCUCAGUGCCCGGGAGGAGCGGCUCACACUGCCGCCCAGCGAGAUCACCCUGCUCUGACAUGGCCUAUCUUCUCUGCUACUUCCUGCCAGAUUCGCUCUGUGGCCUGAGGGUAGUUGCUGGGCCUGUCUGGACCAGUGACCCCAGACAAGGGCCAGAACCUUGGAGAGCAAAGGAGACAGGGGGAAAACUCAGGAACCCAAGAAAACCUGUCUGGAGCUGGGAUGAAAUCACAGAUGCAGCCAAGGGUUAGUUAGCAGAAGUAACUUUUAAGGGCUGGCCUGUUGUGCAGUAAGGAAGAAAGUAGGACCCCAGGGCCUCCAGAAGGUGACAGGCCCUGCCUUGACUAGUGCCCUUGACAGGGAAGCCCCACACCAGUAGUCUAGAUGUAUUAGGACCUGCCUUUGGUUUCUUUGGUACUUGAUACCCCAGCCUUCCAUGUAUCCUUGUCAGGUGCCCUCAGCCUGGACCUGUGACCCUUGGUCAUUUCUUUGCAAAUAAGAUGUUUUUUCUGGCAGCCUUGUCCUCCAUGGAACUACUGAGUGGCUGGAAAGCAAGCCCGAGAGAGGAGGUAGAGGCACAGGUGUGCCAGACUCACUGCUAUGAACAGCAAUUCCAGCAGACACACCUGUCCUUCCCCAUCUCUAAGGACCCUUGACCUCCACUCUACAAUCUUUUGGUACCCUAAUCCCAGCUUCCAUUAAAAGGGCCACUCAAGGCACAAGACUGGGACAGUAAGGAAGUCCCAUCUCAGGGGGUAGAGGCUAGGAAGGCUGAGAAAAAGUCUCUCAGAGACUGGUACAUUAUGGUUGGUUUUUGAAGAAUAAGUAAAGUUUGUUAAGGAUAGAUGAAAGGAGAGAGUUAGACAUUCUAGAAGAAACCAUACUUUCCUGCUGGAUUUGCAGAUGGAGGGUCUAGCCUAAAAUGAUGGCUGAUGUAGAGUCGACCAUUCAAAACUACUUGCCAUAUAAAUGAGAGGAAUGCUAGGUAUGAUGGUAUACACCUGUGAUCUCAGCACUCCAGAGGCUGAGUCAGAAGGAUUACUUUGAGUUCAAGGCCAACCAAGGCUACAUAGCAAGAACCUGUCUGGGGGCAAAAGAGAUGCUGGGGAGAUGCCUCAGUAGUUAAAAACACUGGUUGCUUUU